GAAACUUUCCAACGAUCGGUCACCAACCGUAAGCUUGUCCCUUGUACUCGGGCCGCCUCCAAGAUUUUAUCGGAGCUAAUUCAAUUCGCUUUCCUCUCAUUCGUUGGAACGUCGUCGCAUCGCAUUGCUGAACAUCGUCAAGUACCCUAGUUCGAUAUUUUUUCUUGUUAGAUGCAAGCAACCUCCGAUCCUUAUGCUUGAACAUCUACUCUUAUUCCAAUAUUUACAGCUUAAAUUCUCUUCGUCCUGCCUCGUCACCGAUAUCCCCGAGUUCUAGUCGCACCCCUCGGACCUCGUCUCGACACAAUGGCGACUCCUCGAGCUCUCGUUCGAAGCAUACAUAAGCUUCAAUUCUCCUCCUCCCAGUCCCUAUCGCAUUUUAGGCGGCCUGCUCUCUCUACAUAUAGCAGGAUAAGAUCUAAGACGCCAUUAAUAUGCCACACCCGAGCCAGCGUUUCCAUACUCCGAUAUUUUAGCACAUCUCCUCUACGUCAGCACGGACAUAUACAUCCGCCUAAGCCAGGCGAGGAACUCUACGUGACGUUUAUCGACAAGGAAGGAAAUGAACACAAGAUUGCGGCUUCUAAGGGAGACAACCUGCUAGAUAUUGCGCAAGCGCACGACCUAGAGAUGGAGGGGGCAUGCGGUGGCUCGUGUGCGUGUUCGACGUGCCAUGUUAUCGUCCUAGACGACGAAUACUACGAGAAGAUGCCCGAGCCCGAAGAUGACGAAAAUGACAUGCUAGAUCUGGCGUUCGGCUUGACCGAGACAAGCCGACUAGGCUGUCAGGUUGUUAUGACUAAGGAACUAGACGGGUUAAGGGUCAAGCUGCCCUCCAUGACGAGGAAUCUGCAAGCGAGCGAUUUCGGCUCGAAAUAAUAAAAGAUGCGAUCUGCUAGAGUUAAAGGCGAGGGAUGGACAUAUCAAGAACCACCGAAUUGUACCAAUAUGACGACAGGUAAGGCGUAGCGCACUGGUGCGGUGGUGGCAUUGCAAUUGGCAGCCUGGAUAAAACUAGCGAGCCAUACGAUAC